AUGCUCUCUCGCACCGCUGCCUCGAUAGCCCGCGCGGCAAACCCAAUUGCCCCUCGCGCGGCCGUCAUCUCCUCUCUUCGGACGUACGCCACAGCUGCUGCAGCCGACGCCAAACCCCCGGUAGCCCUCUACGGCAUCGAUGGCACCUAUGCCUCUUCCCUUUACAUCGCCUCCGCCAAAACCUCCACCCUCGACACCGUCGACAAAUCCCUCAAAUCCCUAAAAACCCUUUUGGAUAAGGACCCAAAACUCACCAGCGUCAUCUCUUCGCCUACUCUUUCCGCAUCCGACAAGUCCUCCCUUGUUACUGAGAUCUCAAAGGCCAUCCCGGGUGCCAGCGGUGACAAGAACUUCAAGAACUUGCUCGAGGUUUUGGCCGAAAACAACAGAUUGGGACUGUUGGGUGGUAUCGCUGAGAAGUUCGGUGUCUUGAUGGGUGCGCAUAGAGGUGAGGUCGAGGCGACUAUUACCUCGGCUCAGGCUUUGGACCAGAAGACCAUUGGACGUCUGGAGGCCGCUAUCGGAAAGAGCAAGUAUAUCCAGCAAGGCCAGAAGUUGAAGGUUGUCAACAAGGUCAACCCGGAAGUCCUCGGAGGUCUCGUUGUUGAAAUUGGCGAUAGGACAAUUGACCUCAGCGUCUCUUCCAAGAUUGCCAAGCUCAACAAGCUAUUGACUGAUGCUCUAUAA